AUAGAACGAUAUACGACGAAAAGGCUGGUUUCGUUCCCCGUGUUUUGCGGUAGAUUGCGAUCGGUGCAGACGAUAUCAAUAAUUUGAGCAAUGUGACACAAACAUUGCCCAUCAUCGAAAUAUCCGCCUACCCUAGCCCGAUUGUAGUUAGCGACGACCGUUGGACUUGGUGAACUUGGUGUAGAAAACGUUUCUUGCUUUGCACGCAGUUGACCGUCAUUUGAGAACAACGCCUAUUUCCUUCAUUCCUUACUCUACUGCAUCCACCGUCGCGUGUUGUUCACCAGGCCUGGAGGUCUGGUGUUUGAAGUUAGCAAGCUGGAUCGCCUGCUGUGGAUCGUCUGCCUGUUGAGCGCAUUCGCGCUUUUGCGUGUUGCGCCAUCCGCCGUGCACCCGGUCUCCAGAAGCGAAAGAUCUCCGGAAGUACUCGAUAAGUUCUUGGAUCGCAAUGACAACGAAGAAAGUGCCCAUCAAGCUACCGGCCAGGAUGGAGCGGAUGUCAGAAAUACUGACGUACGGGUGUCAACCGCAAAAGGAACUGUUCCGAACGUGGGUGCUGCUCGGGAGCCGACCAAUGGUGGGCGCAAGACGGAACAGCACAACCAUUUCCAAAAGCACACCCACCACGAGCAUCAUCCAGUUGCGGAGAGCAAGGACGAGGAGGGCGGUUCCGCUCCAGCAGCCCCUGGAAGCAUCAACCACGGACGUGGUGGCAUGAAUGGAGCUCGUGGUAGUGGCAACGGUAGCAUGCCAACGCGCACAGCCAAAGGUAAGGGUCAAAUAGCUCAAGGGGGGCAAGGAGACGGCGAGGGACCGGACCAGCCGGAUGAACAAUGGUAUUCCAUCCGACGCUUGCUGAUCGACUGGAGCUGGCCACAGUGUCUCGGAUUCGAGCCGAAGGAACACCUUUACUAUCAGAUCGGGCAUGCAUUGUUUCUGGUCGCAUUCCUCGCACCGAACAUGCAGUGUGGUUUCCUCGUGCUGCGCUGUGCCGCUAUUGCCGGCUGCAUACUUAUGCUGCUGUGGGGCUGGUUCGUCAACUGCAGCCUGGACGCGGUCGUUUGGUUCGGCGGGUUUCUGGUGGUCAACACAAUCUACGCGGUGAUUUUGCUGUGCAAGAUUCGUCCUGUUAAAUUCGAUCGUGAAAUAGAAUCGGUGUACGUGGCGUUGUUUAAGCCGUUGCGUGUUUCUCGCCACCAGUUCAAGAAGGUGUUGAACUGCAUGAAAAUAGUCCGAUCACUCAAGUUCCAGGAGAUUUACGUGCAGGAAAAGAUCACGAAAGUCGACAGCCUAUCGCUGGUUCUCUCUGGAAAACUUGUUAUAUCACAAAAUCACAAAGCACACCAUAUAGUUUUCCCGCAUCAGUUUCUCGAUUCUCCCGAGUGGUUCGGUGUAUCAACCGACGACUAUUUCCAGGUGUCCAUCAUGGCGAUGGAGGACUCCCGGGUGCUAAUCUGGCACCGGGACAAACUGAAGCUAUCCAUGAUCGCCGAGCCGUUCCUGGAGACAGUGUUCGAUCACAUUCUUGGGCGCGAUGUUGUCAAGAAGCUAAUGCAGGUAACGCAGGUGGGCGAGAUUAUGGCGCAGAGCAAUGGAUGCGUUCCUUCCAGCUUCGACGACGCGGAAGACAAGCCGAUGCUUGCGAAAGGAAAGGGCACCGACAACGGUGGACAUGGUUUGACUGCACUAAUUAACCGCCAGCUUCAAGAUCCGUCUAUUCCGCUUCUACCUUUCCGCUCGGAUGCUGCACAGGUGAUCCGAGGUGUUCGCCCCAUCUAUCCUGUCCGUUCGGGCACCCGACAUUCAAGUGCAAGCUCUGAGGAAGAUGGUGAACAGGGCUGCGAUGUUACUAAUAAUAUUAUCCCCAAUGCUUCCGCCAGGCUGAUUACGCGUCUAUCGGAACGUCCAAUCGAGCGCGGUUCUUUUGGGCCCAUGUCAGCAAAUAUCAUGAAUGCCAGGUUCAUGUCAAUCGGAACCGUACAUCCUCCCGAUGCUAGUGCAAGUUGCGAUGUUUCCGCUAGGCUGAUUGCACGUCCACCGGAACGUCCAAUCGAGCGCGGUUCUUUUGGGACCGUACAUCCUCCCGAAGUUUCCCCACUUGCUAGACCGUCGGCCACCCGACCUGCUAGUGCAAGUUCUGAGGAAGACGAUGAAGAGGGCGGCAAUACUAACAAUACUAUUCCAAAUGUUUCGAUCGCUGUUUCUGCUAGGCCGAUGACACGUCGAUCGGAACGUCCACUCGAGCCCCGUAAUCGUAUGCCUGAGUCAGCAAAUGUUACCAAACGUCCUCCGCCGCGUCGUUGAAUGCCAAAAAUUAUAAUUCUAUUAAUUAUUUUUUUCUCUCUUUGUUUGCACGGCCCAAGCCGUUUAUCAAUAUUAAUACCUAGUAAUAUUAGCUAGUAAUAUUAUUCGACUGUUUAAAGAACCUUCUCGAUUUAAAAGCGUAGAUUGUUUCUAUUUCCACGAGUAGGGAAUUCUACGCAUGCCAUUUUACCAAUUAAUUCAUUAUCCUUGAUUUUAUCAUCAAUCUUAUAAUUAACGCGUUUGUUUGUUGUUGUUGAGUAAUUUAUCGAUUGCGUUCGCGUCUUAUGGAAUAAUAACUCUUAUCUUAACUGAUCGCGUUGGACUGUGCACCGUUGCUAGUCUGUAGUUAGUUAAUGAGGACUUAUAAAUGCACACAAAAUUAGGAAGGGACUAA